GAUAGCUGGAAGCUCAGCACAGCCAUGGAGCCCCACAGGAAACAGUCUAUGCUGCUGCUGCCCCUGUUGGUGCUGGUGACUUGUGUCCAGCCCGGAACAGGUCUGGAGAGUAUUAACUAUGUCCCCCAGCUCCCCAGUGCCACCCUGGAGGGGAGACUCACACAAUCUACCUUCACGCUAGAGCAACCCCUGGACCAAUUCGAGAAUGCCAACCUCUCUGACGCAGACCCCAUCUGGCUGGUGGUGGCUCGCAGUGACGCCGCCCAGAACUUUACUGCCCCACGGAAGGUGGAAGACAAGCACGCCCCUGCUCACUUUGACGACAAUGGCUACUACCUCACACUGAGGGCCAGUCGGGUGCACUACAAGGGCCGCCAGAAUGACAGCCGGCUUCGAGUCCUCCGUGUGGGGAAUGACAACAAUUGCUCUCUGGAGUCCCAGGGCUGUAAUUGCCUUUGCCAGGGGCAGGGCCCACACAGAGUGAAAUUCCUGGCGAUGAACGCCAAGGGACCCGUGGCUGAGACGCUGUGGUCCAAAGAGAUCUACCUGCAGCAAGCCCAGACAUUCCGAGGAGCUCCAGGGUCCCAGAGCAAGGGUACUGUGGUCAUCAUUGCCUUCUCGUCAAUCCUACUGGCCAUCCUGCUUGCGGUCUUCCUCAUGUUGGUCAUAUCUGCUUGCUGCUCGAGCACUUCCGUGUCCAGCCCAGAGGAGCAAGUGCGCAUGCGACGAUAUCACACGCAUCACGUGGGCAGCCUCCCAGCCGAGCGCAGCUCCUGAGAGUUUCUGAGGGCUUUCUCCGGGGGCCGAGUUGCUGAGCCUGAGCUGGGGUCCACCUGGAAGCUUCUGGAACCCAAGGGAAGGGUUUUCAGUUCAAAUCUUGGAAUAGGCAAUCUUUAUCAGAAAUAAAUGUCCCAAAUACCUUUGCGCUUUAUCUCA